AUACACAUUCAUUCGAUAACAUAAGAAAUCAAAUUUGUUUUUCGCUUAGAACGUUAUCGAAAAAUUCUCACCCUUACUUUUCAUUAAGUUGGAAUAUGGCGACAGCGUUAAUCUGAGUUAUAAUUUAUAAAAAUUUUAUUUUAUAAACUAGUAAAAUUUACAUUUGAUAAGAUUGUUCUUGUUAAAUCAAAACUGUGAAGCUAUUUAACAAUUUUCAGAAAGAUAUUUUUUGUCGAUAACAGUUUUAUAAAUAAGUGUUACGAUGUGGAAUCAAUGGGCUGCCGGGCCAGCACCCAUUCCCCCAAUGCCUGUGCAAUCUGUAAUUCCUCAACAACCACCAUUACCUACUGCACCACCACCACUUCCAACAACUGCUCCUAUUCCAGCGACUCCAGGUGUUGGAGAUAAUACUGCUCCUCCAUCAGAAGGGACUUUAAUAGGUCCCGUUUUACCAACUUCGACUCCAGGUAUGCAAGUGAUUGGAGGUGCACCACAAACUGGUCAAUAUACUGCUGCGCAGUAUGCUGCUAUGACACCUGAACAACAAGCUGCCUUGGCUGCACAUUGGCAGCAAUGGCAAGAAUAUCAAACAGAAUAUGCUAAAUGGCACGCACAAUAUGGGGAGCAAUAUAAACGUGAAAUGGCAGCUGCCGCUGCAGUUAAUCCAACUCCAAGUCAUUCUUCUUAUUAUUCUACACAACAGCCACAGCCACCUCUGCCACCAGAUAAUACUCAAUCACAACCAGCUAAAAUUGCUGGACAGCCGCAGAUGUAUGCUCAACCGCAAAUGCAGUUCAAUCAGCCACCUCCAGCUACCCCAGCUGCACCAGCAAUGCAAAAUUAUCAACAAUCAUGGCAAACACAGCACAAUUAUAGUCAAAUGCCGACGAAUUUAAAUCAACCACCACCAAAUUUUAAUCAGCAGCAAUUAGGUUAUAAUCAACCUCCAUCAAAUUAUAGCCAAAGGCCACCAAAUUUUGGUCAACAGCCAUCAAAUUUUGGUCAACAACCACCAACAUAUGGUCAAAAGCCGUCAAAUUUUAAUACCCAGCCACCAAAUUACAGCACACAGCCACCAAAUUUUAAUUCAAUGCAACAAAAUACAAAUACACAGUCUCCAAGUUUUAAUCAACAAAACACACAGAGGUUUAGUAAUCAGAAUUCCUCUAAUAUCGAAAAGCCAUCAUCAUUUCCACUUACUUCACCACAAUCAAAUAAUAAUCGUUUAGAUUUUAAAAAUGAUUUUGAAUCCAAUAUUUCGAAUACUGAGGAAAGCAAUAAUAGAGAAAUAAUAGCACCUUUGAAUGAGGAAAGUUGUAAUACCAAUGAAAAUAGCGAACCUCCAUUAAUGCAAGGUGAUUCCAAUGAAUGUGCAAAUGAUGAUUCUUUGGAUAAAAGUUCAAAUAAUUCGUUCCGCCCAAACAAUCCAGAUGACAACAGUAAAUGGAAUAAUGUGCAGAACGAUUUUAACCAAAGUGAAGCUAAAAAUAUGGAAAUAAAUCAGUUUAAUGCUAGAAAUUCUGAUCGCGGUUUUGGAAAUCAAGACAAUUUUCCCCGUGAUUCACAAGAUUUAGAUAGAUGGAGUAAUAAUCGAACCUCACAGGAAAGGAAUUCUUGGAAUUUGGGUAAUCAGCGAAGCAGUUUAGACAACAGUACUAGUAAUAAUAGUAAUAAUAAUAAUAAUAAUUUAAGAAAUAAUGACAGUAAUUCAAAUUAUAAUCGCUUUGAAAGUCAAAAUGAAGAUACUAAUAGAUUUGGAAAUAAUAAAUCAUUCAAUGACAGAGGUAGUCGUUGGGGUGGUAAUCAGAAUAACGAAAGCCGUUGGGGAGAUAAUCAGAGUAAUGAAAAUCGUAGGAGUGGUAAUCAAAGUAAUGAAAAUCGUUGGGGUGGUGGUAAUCAAAAUAAUGAGAAUCGUUGGGGAAGUAACCAGAAUAAUGAAAAUCGUUGGGGCAGUAAUCAGAAUAAUGAUAAUCGUUGGAGUAGUAAUCAGAAUAAUGAAAAUCGUUGGGGAUCUAGUGGAAAUAAUUCAGGACAAUUUAAUCAAAAUUAUGGAAAUAACAGCUCUAACUUUAGAGAUACUGACAGAAAUAAUUUUGAUAGUAAUGAUCGUUUUAAUGCUAAUCGAAAUCAAAAUUUUGACAAUUUUGGUCAAAAUCAAAUGCAACGAAAUUGGAAUAAUAAUUCAAAUUCUAAUUCUAAUUAUUACACACAGUCACAGCAACAACAAAUGAAACAGCAGCAACAAUUACGUACUAUGGAGCUUGAUGAGGCUGCAUUUGAUAAAUUAUUCUCUGAGUGGGAGCAACGAUUUGAAGAUUGGAAACGUUUAAACGUAAACCAUCCAGAUCCAGCAUUACACAGACGAUACCUACAAGAUUUUGAAAAUCAACGACAGCGUUUCGUAGAGCGUCGUAACCAGAUGCGUAAAAGAAAAAUGUUAAUAUUGGGUGUAAAUCCAGAUUCGAAUGAACAAAUAAAUAAACAAGAAACUGAUAAUAACAAAAUACAAAAUGAAGUUAUUCCAAAUGCUACAGUAUCCCAGGAAAACAUUAGAAAUGCGACGGUAUCUCAAGAAGUAAAUGUAGAGCACACACCAAAAGAAAUAGAAAACUUACCAAAUAGUGGAAACAGAGUUGAUACAAAGGAUAUUUCUAUUCAAAACUUACAGGUUGCUCAGUCUGUACCGGUAAUUCCUUCCCUUGCGAAUGUAGAAGCGCCAGUUGCGCAGCCAAUACAAAAAGUUGUACUGGAAGAGCGGAAAGAACAGGAAGAACAUAAAGCAGAAAGUGUAACUCCUAAAGAAAUUUUUGAUACUCCAAAUAUAGAAACACAACCCGAAAAGUUAAUAAUUGAAAAGGAUAUUGUUUUAACUGAAGCAAAAAAGACGCCUUUAUGUGGAAAACGAAAAAGUCGAUUUAACGAUUCACCACCACCUGAAAAAGUCAACAUAAUAGAACAAGAACCAGUUAUUGAAAAUAAACCAGCUGAAAAUAAUAGCAAAAUGCAGUUAGUAACGGAAAUUAUAACAUUAGAUGAUGAUGAAAAUGAAGAGCAUAAUGAAGACCCAAUAGAACCUUUACCUAUUCGAAAUAUAUUUAAAAAAUCGGAUGGAAUACCUGGUUUAGAUUUAGUUGAAGAUAAUAAUUUAAAACAAACAGAUGCUUUAGAGACAAAAUCGGAAAAUACGGAAUCUAUAGAAAAAGUAGAAAAAUUAGUUGAAGAUAAUUCAACAUCUUCUACUAAGAAAAUACCUUCAUUAUUUGAUGUUGUAAUUGAAAAACCAAACGAAUCUACUUUUGAGGCAUCUGCUCCUCAGAUGAAACCAGAUGAAAUAAAAACUACAACCGAACAAUUACCAAAUUUGGUUGAACAACUACAGAAUAAUUUAUUGCAAUCUUUGCCUGAUUUAACAAAAGCAUUAAGCGAUCCCAAUAUUAUGCAAAUGUUAAAUCAAAAUAUAAUGCAGAACUCAAAUAAAAAUUCUCAAGUAGAAACUUCGCAAUUAUUACUCCAACAGUUGCCAGCAUUAUUGCAACAAUUGCAACCGCAAUUACAACAACAGAUGCCUAAUAAUAGUGGUAUGCAAAAUUUACAAUUUUCUGAUUGGCAACAACAAAAUCAGAAUCCUGUAUUUAAUAAUAAUAUGAGUGCAUUUCCCAAUAAUCCAAAUAACUUCAAUAACAAUAAUUUCGAAGGUAAUCGACCCUUUUACAAUGAAGAUCGUGGAAGAAAUUUUAAUAACAACACAGAUAACAAUCGUUCCAAUAGUAGCGGUCGUCAAAAUAAUUUUGGAGAUAAUGGACCAUUCUUUAAUAAUCGUGGUGGUAAUGAUUUAAACUUUAACAAUCGUGGCAACAAUAGUUUUGGUGGUAAUGAUAGAAACUUUAACAAUCGUGGUAAUAACAAUUUUGAUUCGAAUUUUAACAAUCGUGGCAACAGCAGUUUUGGUGGCAAUGAUUCAAGCUUUAACAACAAACGUAAUUUUGGUGGCAAUGACAGAAACUAUAACAAUCGUGGCAACGAUUUUGGUGAUAACCGUGGUUCAAAUUUUAGAGACAAUGAAUCCAAUUUCCGCGAACGUGGCAAUAAUUUCAAUGAUAGAAACAGACAAAAUUUUGAUAAUUCGCGUUCCUCUGGUGGAAAUGAUCGAAGUUCCAUUGGUUCAAAUGAUAAUGUAUCAAAGUCUUUUAUUCAGGAUAAAGCUAGUACUUCAGAAGGUGGUCCUAACAAUGAAUCGAAUAACGAGAAGAAAGUUCAAAAUGUUAACAAUCCAUUUCGACGCAGUGGGGGACCUAAUAACUCGUUAUUUGAUGGCAAUGAUAAAAAUACGACUAGUGAUCGCAAUCGCAGUAGUAGUAACGAAAGGAAGGAUAUUCAAUCACCUUGGAAUAUUGGCCAAAGUGAUGGUAGUCAAUAUGAUGAAUUUUAUCGGCCAGCACAAAUUAUUGAUUAUCAUAAUAAUUCGAUAACACCAAAAGUUUUUGACUACGGACACAAACCAAGUGGUGGAAUGACUACUGAACUUAACACCACCCAUGAUGGUGACUUUAGACCUCUCAAAACAAUCGAUUAUGGCCAUUCAUCGAAUGUUACAAACAAUAGUUUUGGAAGUUCCUCAUUUCAGCAACAGAAUUCUAAAAUGUCUGCAAAUGCUAAAAAAAGAAAUAGAAGACGCAGAAAUAAAGCAAAUGCAGCUGCGAAACAAAAUUCUAAUCAAACCGAAUCAACUCAACAACAAUUAAAUAAUGCUGAUAAUCCAAACGAUGAAAAGGAGGUUUAUGAAAAUAAUGAGCAAACGGAUAAUAUAUCAGGUGCUGAUAAAGAUGUUACCAUUCAAAACGAUAAUGAAAAAUCUGAAGAAUUAAAAGAUAACACAAAUGAGAGUAACACUCAAAAUGAAACUUUAGAACAGAUUUCAGAUUCAGAAGAUAAUUUAUUAAAUUAUGAAAGGCCAGAUUCUCCCAUUCCACCUCCGCCACCAAUUAUAUCUUUUAAUAUUCCUAAUAUUGUCGGUGCAAAUAAUUCUGCAGUGACAACUCGAAUGCCACUUGCGAGCAGCGAUAUAAAUACGUUCCAUUCAACAAAUUUCCAAAUUUCAAUUCCAACAGCUGAAAAUAAUAAUACUAUAUCUAUUGAUGAUAUAUUGCUUCCACCAGGACGUGAAACACGUCCGAGAAAAAUUGUAAUCAUACUAAGAGGACCACCAGGUAGUGGAAAGUCACAUGUUGCUAAAUUAAUAAAGGAAAAAGAAACCGAAAUGCGUGGUGCUAGUCCACGGAUAUUAAGCAUUGAUGAUUAUUUCCUGAUUGAAAACGAUUACGAAGAGAAAUGUCCAAAAACAGGCAAAAAGAUACCUAAAACUGAGAUACUUUAUGAAUAUGAUCCCGACAUGGAAGAAUCAUAUAUGCAAUAUUUAAUAAAAGCUUUUAAGAAAACUGUCGCUGACAAUUUGUAUGAUUUUAUAAUCGUUGAUUGUAAUAAUAACUCUUUGCGUACAUUAAAUGAGUUCUACUGCUAUGCAAAAGAUUCCGGAUUUGUGCCAUACAUUAUAGAUUUGAUUUGUGAUGUGGAGAAAUGCUUAGAACAGAAUACACAUGAACGUUCCGAAAUCGAUAUUAGAGAUAUAAUUCUUAAUUGGAAAGAUACACCGGUCCAUUAUAUCAAAUUGGAUGUUUCAUCACUGCUAGAAAACGUUGUAGAAAUGGAAGAUGCUGAAAAUAUGGUUACGGAUAAUAGUCCACUUGUUGAAAAUGCAGAUAGUGUUGAUAUAGAGCCCAGUCAAACUAAUGAAGAUGAGGAUGACAGUAAUGAAGGUGUCGAAUCCAUAGAAGCUUGCGGUUUUCUAAAGAGUAAAUGGGAAAAUGAUACCACAACCGAAAACUUAGCGCGUUUGGAUGGCACAAACAAAUUGAUGAAUAAAAAAAAAGCCACUAUGGAAGAUUUUUUGCAAAUGGACGACUGGGAGCCGCCUAAAACUAAUAGCAAAGGAAAAAAACGGGUACGUUGGGCGGAUAUUGAAGAGAAACGCGCUCAAAAGAAAAUGCGUGCAAUUGGUUUUGUUGUGGGUCAAACUGAUUGGAGUCGCAUGAUGGAUCCAAAUGCAGGAAAUCGUGCUUUAAAUAAAACAAAAUAUAUAGAACGUGUUAAAAAGCGUUAAUGACUUUAAAUGAUGAACAACAUAUUUAUUAUUUGGUAUUAUCAUAUAUAUAUUUUUUGGAUGCUUUGUGUCUUUAAUUUGCGUUCAUAGAAUUUUUUUACUUUUUAAUGUGAUGUAAAAUAAUUUACAUUAUAUUAGUAAGGAGAUAAUCUUUGAGAUAUGAUUGAAGUAUAGAAAAGGAACAAUGAAUUUAGAUACACCAUGUGCUGUAACUCUGUAAAGUUUAGUCUCUAGUUGUAGUUGUAUCCAAAUCUCUUACAGUAAAAUAUGUAGUAGAAGUUACAUUUCUGAUGAUAAGUCUACUUUAGACGAAUAGCAUCAGUUCACUUGUAUAAAAUAAGCUAUAAUCGGAGUCAAAGAUGAGACAAUGAAUUCAGUUAAAAAUUAACAUUAUUUAUUUAAAAUUUUUGUUACACGAAAUAUAACAAUUCUGUAAAAUUUGUGAAAGAGUUUUGGUAAAACAUGUCCUUUUGAUAAUCAGCAUUAAUUUGCUUCCACCAGAUAACUUAAAUGUUAUCAGAGAUAUUACAAUAAAUUGAAUUAAUUUU